AUGGAAGCUGCCAUGGCCAUGGAGAAGAAUCUGACCCAGCCCCUCUUGGAACUGCAAGUCCUGAGCUCUGCCCGCACAGUCCUUCAUCUCUGUGACUUCCUGGAUGAGGAAGUGAAACUCAUCAAGAUGGGUGACCAUCUGACUAACCUCUGCACACUUGCCAGCCCCCAGGCUGGGUUAGCUUAUAAUGCCAAAAUCUUCUCCAAGUGUGAACUGGCCCGCAAGUUGAAGGCCCAUGGAAUGGAUGGCUUCCAUGGCUACAGCCUGGCAAACUGGGUCUGCAUGGCUGAGCAUGAGAGUAACUUCAACACCCUGGCCUUUAAUGGAAAUAAUGACAAUGGCAGUAGUGAUUAUGGGCUCUUCCAGCUGAACAACAAGUGGUGGUGCAAAGACAAAAAGUAUCCCUCAGCAAAUGCCUGCAAGAAAAUGUGCAACAAAUUUCUGGAUGAUAUCAUCGAUGAUGACAUUGCCUGUGUCAAGAGGGUUGUGCAAGAUCCUAAAGGGAUGUCUGCUUGGGUGGCCUGGGUAAAUCACUGUAAAAACAAGGAUUUGUCCAAAUACCUGGCCAGCUGUGACCUGUGA